AUGACGCUGACGCAAGUCUGGAAAAUCUACCACGUCCAGACUACAGUACACGGUACGCACCGAAUCCCUCAUCCCAGCAUGCCGACCUCACAUGUCUGUACGACUCCCAGUCUCAGAUCUGGCAGGCACGAGAAAAGUGCCGGUUCAUUACCGAAGACCAUUUUUCAGGGCAUGUAG